UGAUAUGUCUCAUCUUUCCCAACCGUUCUUUUCCCUCCUUACCUGCUUCCGAUGCUCCCCAGACAGCUCUCAAGAGCACCUCGUGCUCUAGGAUACGUCCUUCCCCGUUUCUCCCCUCCUUCCUCUGUUCUUCGAACCGUCACUCCUGCUUUCGCCAGGUCCACCCAGCUCUCCUUGAGACGAAUUCUUGAGAAAAGGGGCUACGCUGUUUCUGCCGUUGCCGAAAAAGACGACGACUUCUUUUCCGGCGCCGAACUCGCUCCAUCCUCCAAUACCGUGGUUAUCCCUCCCCAACUUGACGACCCUGGCCAUCCCGCCUCAGAACCUCUAGUCGACACCGUCCCAUUCGAAUCUCUCAAAGGUCGAAUUAACCAUGAUACACUCAAAGCGCUCACCGUCAAACCUUUCAAAUUUACCGCGAUGAGUGAAGUGCAAAAGCGUGUGUUGGGACUUUUGCCACAUUUGAGUGGGGGAAAGUUGAGGAGCAAGGCGAGGGAAGAAGCCGAACAGGAGGGUGAGGUCGAGAUGAAAGAGGAAAGGGAAGAUUUGUUAGUAAAGGCCAAGACUGGUACCGGAAAGACUAUGGCAUUCUUGGUCCCUGCGAUUGACGCACGCAUUAACACUCUUGAACGUCUCUCUAAAGCACCCAAUCCCGACGGUACCAUUCCUGAUAAGCAUGCCCAGGGCCGCAACCACCGCGCCAUCUCCCGUUCCCACCUGGGCGCUUUGAUCAUCUCUCCUACUCGAGAACUCGCUACCCAGAUCGCAGUUGAAGCGGAGAAACUCUGUACUUGGCAUAAGGACUUGACCGUUCACUCAUUCGUCGGUGGUGAAAGCCGACUCAGGCAAUUGAAAGAGUUUUCAAGACGGUCCAAGGAUGUAGUGGUGGCUACCCCCGGCCGAUUGAGAGAUUUGAUCUCAGAACCCCUAGUGAAGGAUGCGUUGGCCAAGACGGAUAUGCUUGUGCUUGAUGAAGCUGAUACGCUUCUCGAUAUGGGUUUCUCCGAAGACCUCAAGUUCAUCAUUGACCAUCUGCCAAAAGAGCGCCAGACAUUGUUUUUCUCUGCGACUGUUUCCAAAGAAAUUGCUGCGAUCGCUCGACACUCUUUGCGAAAGGGCCACAAGGUCAUCGACUGUGUCCCCAAGAACGAAUCAAAUGUCCAUCUCCACAUCCCCCAGUACGCCACUGUCGUUCCUUCUUCUGCUGACGCGAUGCCCCACAUUAUGCGACUCAUUGCCCAGGACCAAAUGGCGAACCCCAAGAGCAAGAUCGUUUUAUUCCUCAACACUACCAAACAAACCAUGCUCACCGCUACCCUCGUCCGCGAGUUGGUCGAUACUUUGCCUGCACAAACAGCCGUCUACGAGAUUCACUCCAAACUUGAUCAAAACAAACGUACCCGCUCUUCCGACAAGUUUAGAAGGGAACACCGCCCAGCGGUGCUCGUUACUUCUGAUGUUUCUGCUAGAGGUGUGGAUUACCCAGGUGUGACGAGGGUUAUCCAACUUGGUGUUCCCUCGACUACGGAGCAGUAUAUCCACCGUGUUGGUCGUACCGGGCGAGCCGGGAAGGAAGGUCGAGGUGAUCUCGUUCUCUUCCCCUUUGAAGCUGGCUUCCUCGACCAUCUCAAGGGCAUCCCUAUCCAGCGUAUCUCCACUUCUGAUCUUACCUCGGACGUCAUCGCCAAGGCGCCCUCAUCAUACGCCUCUGUUAUUGACUCUCUUCCUUCCGCCGUCGAGAGCCUUCUCCCUACUCUUGACCCCAAGGCUGUCGAGGAAGUCUUCAUGUCCAUGCUCGGCUACUACCACUCCAAGCAGCAGAUGUUGGACGCUUCAGCGCAGGAUAUCUUGAAGGGUUUGAAAGCCUGGUCAGUCGAAGGCGGUGGUUUGAUCGAACCGCCUUACGUGUCAGAAGAGUUUUUGAAGAAGGUAGGGUUCAGUGAGAAGAGGAGGAACACCAGGAAUGGAGGUGGUGGAUCCAGGGGUGGGUUUGGAAGGAGCAGUGGUGGGUUUGGAAGGGGCAGUGGUGGGUUUGGAAAGAGGGAUGGCGGUAGGAGGGAGGACAGUGGAGGUUUUGGAGGUAGAGGGCAAGGUGGUGGUGGAAGCGGAUUUGGCGCUAGGAGGGAUGGUGGUGGCGGCUUUGCGGGGAAGAGUAGGAGCGGGGGCUUCAAGCGAGACUAUUAAGGCCUUCUCCUCUCCUAUUUUCAGUACGACGUGAUCCUUACCGUCCUGUUUAUUUUCUCCGUCUUCUACUCCUUUUCUCUCCUCCAAAAAGACCUACACAUCUAUAUCAUCUCGACUAACCCGUCGCUCUCGCCCUUCCUACCAAUCAUCAAAGAUAAAAAAAAAUUCCCGAUCUCUUCAAAAUUAAACGAUAUAGAACCGAAUUAGAACCGGGACGAACAUUCGUCUCUUGAUUUUUGUCUUCAUCAUCAGCAUAACAGAUAUUGCAGCUAGUCAUAUUUAGGUCACUUCUCUUUUUCUGGGAUUAUGUUGGAUGUCCUCAUACAGGAUGAAUUCUCCAAGAGAAGUGGAUGGGGGGAAGGGGAAUAUAAAGUUGAACCUUUGUUGUACCAAUAUCCUUCACACCAUUCAUGCACUAUUUAGUCUUUGGUUUCUCUCGCAAUUGGAGAAGAUUUAGUAGAUUCAAAGUAU